AUGUUAUUCCUGCCGCAUACGGUUUGGGGGACGGUUUCUACUACUUGGUUACAUAAGGAACCCUUUCAGCCGGAUGAGACAAAGACGCAUCCGUCUCUGAGGUGCGUUAGCCAUGCCUUUGGCGAUGCAGAUUUGCAGGCAUUUCAGCAGUCAUACGACAAGGUUAUAAAACACGAUUUUGAGAGGAGACAAACAGCUGGGAGAACACACCUCAAGCUCGCCAAGUUCAGUGCCCCGAAGAACCCUAUUGUCUUAUGUCAUGGGCUUUCAGGUUUCGAUCGUUUGAUUAUUUUACCUUCGGUUGGCCAUUUAACCAGGAUUUUAACGAGCCAUUCUAAAAGCAGUAACUCUGAGCAGUUUCUGGAAGAAGAGUCCGAGAAUUCAAGAUUAAAGGGACUACUGGAGGUCGAAUAUUGGUUUGGUGUCCAGCAGGCACUUGAAGCCAAAGGUUGCACCGUAAUCUCGGCCAAAGUUCCAGGAUUUGCCAGCAUUGAAGAGCGAGCUCGCACUCUCAAUGAUUGUAUCGAGAGAGAAACAAGAUCGCUGAGAAUUUCCAAAAAUGAGGAUGCUAUCUACAAUACAGAGGAGAACGUGAGCUCUUCUAAAACUCGCGACCCUAUUAAGGUCAACCUCAUUGCACACUCCAUGGGCGGGUUGGAUUGUCGAUUUUUAAUUUCCAACAUUCCCAACAAGAACUUCGAAGUUGUAACUUUGACCACUGUUUCGACCCCACACCGUGGCUCUGAAAUGGCCGACUUCGUGGUUGAGCUGUCAAAAAAUGUUCAAAAGAAGCUUGCUGUGGGGGAGCCCACUCGAAUUUUACCGCUUGCAAUUUACCAGCUGACCACCAAGAACAUGGAGUCUUUCAACAAGAAGACACAGGACGAUCCAGGUGUCAAGUAUAUGAGCUAUGGAGCGUCUAUGUGUCCCAAAUGGUACAAUAUUUUCAACACCUCAUGGCACAUAGUAUUUAAACGAUCAAAUGGAGUACCGAAUGAUGGACUUGUCAGUGUAGAAAGCAGCAAGUGGGGCGAAUAUAUGGGUACAAUAAAAAACGCUGAUCACUUGGAUAUAAUCAACUGGAAAAACAAACUCCAGAAAGACAUAUCAAAUGUUUUUGCACCGAAAAGGGAGAUAGAGCAGAAGUUGGAACCUGAUGUAGACAUGCUCGAAUUUUAUCUCGGCGUUGCUAAUAACCUUGCUAAGAAAGGUUUUUGA